CCUAUCACAUAGGGAAGCUACUCAUUUCUGGAGUGAAUCAGGUAUAAAUUAGGAAUUUUUCUCAUUAACUAAUGGUUUAUUGAUUUGUGCUGUCUUUUUUCAUAUUAUACUUUCUACCUACAGGAAUUAAGACACAAUACCACCCAAAUGGAAACUGAUAGUAAGGCUGAUAAAACAAGGAAUAUUCAAAAUUUUGUUCAGAGAUUUUGUAUUUGGGAUGAUACAUAUUACAAUUUGGGCUUAAAUAUUUUAGAUAUAGAAGCUUAGGAGACAAGGCUGUUAAAUUGAUAGUGUGUGAAACACAGGCAUCUAACAAAUGUUUUCUAAACAUGCUUUGUACAAGAUGAACUAGAAAGCAUGUACCUUUUUUUUUUCAUAGUGGCCCUUUAUUAACUUAUUUAGAAGCAUUUUAAAAAAUUUAUUGUAGCUGACAUAGAGUAUUAGUUUCAAGUCUGCAACACAGUGAGUGAUUUCAGCGGUUCUAUGCAUUACUCAGUGCUUAUAAGUACAGUCACCACCUGUCACCAUACAACAUUAUAACAGCGUUACUGACUAUAUUUCCUAUAAGGCUGUGCUCAGCCUUAUAAAAGAAGAAAAUCUUGCCAUUCAUGACAACAUGGAUGGUCCAGAGGGUAUUAUGCUAAGUGAAUUAAGAGAAAGACAAAUACUGCAUGAUUUCACUUAUAUGUGGGGUCUAAAAAACAAAUGAACAAACAAAAAACAGACUGUUAAGUGCAGAAAACUGGUUGCUAGAGGGGAGGUAGGUGGGAAGAUGGGUGAGCUAAGUGAAGAGGAUUAAGAGAUAAAACUUGUAGUUAGAAAGUAAAUACCCUUCUUACUCUUAAAAUUGAAAUGGAGAAUACUCUAGAUUUUUUUUUUUAACCCAUACUUUUUUUUUCACUUUUUUCUAAAAUUAAUUAGGUUAUGGGUAGGAAGGAGAGAUAACCUUAUACCAGUCUCAGAUUUACAAAGCUAAAGUCUGUGAUGUUGGAUUCCUAAUGGUUGAAUGACAAAGCUUUCCACAAUUGAUUUCCGCCUCUUUAAUUUGUCAUUUUGACAAAGCAAGCAUUUUUCCCCACGAGAGAGGAGGAAGCAGGCUCCCUGCUGAGCAGAGACUCCGCUCUGGGGCUGGAUCCCAGGACCCUGGGAUCAUGACCUGAGCUGAAAUCAAGAUUCGGACUCUUAACCAACUGAGCCCCUCAGUUGCUACUCUUUGACUAUGACAAGGUGGAACUGGCCAAUAUGAAUAGACUUUUCUUCCAGCCUCAUCAAGCAGGAUUAAGUAAAGUUCAAGCAGCAGAAUAUACUUUGAGGAACAUUAAUCCUGAUGUUCUUUUUGAAAUACACAACUAUAAUAUAACCACAGUAGAAAACUUUCAACAUUUCAUGGAUAGAAUAAGUAAUGGUGGAUUAGAAGAGGGAAAACCUGUUGACCUAGUUCUUAGCUGUGUGGAUAAUUUUGAAGCCCGGAUGACAAUAAAUACAGCUUGUAAUGAACUUGGGCAAACGUGGAUGGAGUCUGGAGUCAGUGAAAAUGCAGUUUCAGGACAUAUACAGCUCAUAAUUCCUGGAGAAUCUGCUUGUUUUGCAUGUGCUCCACCACUUGUAGUUGCUGCAAAUAUUGAUGAAAAGACUCUGAAACGAGAAGGUGUUUGUGCAGCCAGUCUUCCUACCACAAUGGGAGUGGUUGCUGGGAUCUUAGUACAAAAUGUGUUAAAGUUUCUGUUAAAUUUUGGUACUGUUAGUUUUUACCUUGGAUAUAAUGCAAUGCAGGACUUUUUUCCUACCAUGUCCAUGAAACCAAAUCCUCAGUGUGAUGACAGAAAUUGCAGGAAGCAGCAGGAAGAAUAUAAGAAAAAGGUAGCAGCACUGCCCAAACAUGAGGUUGCUCCAGAAGAGGAAGAGAUUAUACAUGAAGAUAAUGAAUGGGGUAUUGAGUUGGUGUCUGAGGUUUCAGAAGAGGAACUGAAAAAUUCUUCAGGUCCAGUUCCCGACUUACCUGAAGGAAUUACAGUGGCAUACACAAUUCCCAAAAAGCAAGAAGAUUCUGUAGCUGAAGUAACUGUGGAAGAUUCUGGCGAAAGCUUGGAAGACCUUAUGGCCAAGAUGAAGAAUAUGUAAAUAAUGGACUGACCUAUAUUUUAUUUCCUGAGUUAAGCCUAUACCCUUGCAAUUAAAAAAAAAAAUUAAACUGACAAAGCUUAGGGCAAUAUUACUUGAUAUAUAAUCUUCAUAGAAUUGUUACACUUUUUGAAAUAAUUUUGUUUGUCCCUUUUUCUCUUUAAAUCCGUAACUCCUAAAACUCAUGUUUGAAUCUAGCUAAAAUUUGAAAACCCAGCCACUGAAAUGCUUUGCCCUUUUGGGAGGGGUGGGAAGAAAGGAUCAAUAUAAUGCUCUAUUUGUUCUCCUUCCAAUAAUCCUCUGUGGUCUGUUGCCUAAGACCAUGGAUAAUAAAGUAAUAGGUGGUUCUCAAAUAUAGGGAAAGGACAGGAGGUACAAUCAGUUGAUUAGAGCUAGCAGAUAUCUACUCAUUUUAUGUAGAAUCCCUCUCUAUAAGAAAACUGUCCACUGUUACCAACAAUGAAUUCAAAAUAGUUAAUUAAUAAAAUAAAAAAUAUCCUCUCAAAUGUUAACCUAAAUACAAGCUAAAAUGUAGUCAUCAGAAAAGUCUGUAAAUCUGUGAAUUCAGAACAAGACAAAGGCAAAUAAAAGCAAGCUUUCUUCAUGGAUUAAUAAAGGUACUUUCAGGGAGUAAAAAUCAUUAUGUUUCUGCACUAAGCAAGGAACAGAACUCCUUGCAUGAGUAGAACAUCUAUCUGGAGUCACUGCACUUUAUUGAGGAGCAAGGAGUACAUGUAGUUUAAGAUUAUCUAGAUUAUACCUGUCAUAUGGGCUACCUUCUGAGUACUUCAUUUAAAUUUGAUUCUCUAGAUAAUUAGAUAGUUGUCCGGUAUUGGCAUAAAAGAGACCUAAAUUACCUCUAUAAUGAUUGACAUGUAUUUAUUAACUGGAAGAGUAUCAUUUACCCUGAUCAUGGCCACUAAAUUAUAAAUUGAUAAAUUGGUUUUCUCUAAAUGAAAUACAAAUAAUGAAAGCUUAGAGAGCCUUAGUUAAAUUUCCAGUGGUUUGGAGACCAAUGAAAAAUAUGCAUGUGUAACCAUUGUCAGUAGGAUGUUAUUACACUAUGCUAAUCUACUUUGAUUUUUUUACUUGAAGAUAUGAAUGAUUACAUUGUAUCUCUAGGGAAGAAAUGUUAGUACAAAAUGAAAAAUGCAAUUUCCACUUAAUAAAAUAAAUUUUUAAAGUCUGGUUUCGGAAA